CAACUCUUCCCUUACCGAGCCUCUAUUUUCCCAUCUGCAAGAUGGAGAGAACAACAGUGGAUAACAGAGCUGUGUGUGAAGAUGAAAUGAGAUGGUGCAUACAGCACAGUACCUGGCAUAUGGGCUUCGCCUCCGUGUUCUCAAGCCGCCUGUCCCGGAAGUCAGCCUCGCACGCAGAGAAAGACGACGGUGCCAUGGCGGGCGGCGAGGGGUACCGGAACCCCACCGAGGUGCAGAUGAGCCAGCUCGUGCUGCCUUGCCACACCAACCAGCGUGGCGAGCUGAGCGUCGGGCAGCUGCUCAAGUGGAUUGACACCACGGCCUGCCUGUCCGCCGAGAGGCACGCUGGCUGCCCCUGCGUCACCGCCUCCAUGGACGAUAUCUAUUUUGAGCACACCAUCAGUGUCGGACAAGUGGUGAAUAUCAAGGCCAAGGUGAACCGGGCCUUCAACUCUAGCAUGGAGGUGGGCAUCCAGGUGGCCUCUGAGGACCUGUGCUCCGAGAAGCAGUGGAACGUGUGCAAGGCCUUGGCCACCUUUGUGGCCCACCGGGAACUCUCCAAGGUGAAGCUGAAGCAGACCACGCCGCAGACGGAGGAGGAGAAGACCGAGCACAGUGUGGCGGCUGAACGGCGGCGCAUGCGGCUGCUCUACGCGGACACCAUCAAGGACCUCCUGGCCAACUGCGUCAUUCAGGAUGAUCUGGAGAGUAGAGACUGCAGCUGCAUGGUGCCGGCCGAGAGGACCCGCGUGGAGAGCGUGGAGCUGGUGCUGCCCCCCCAUGCCAAUCACCAAGGCAAUACCUUUGGGGGCCAGAUCAUGGCCUGGAUGGAGAACGUGGCCACCAUCGCAGCCAGCCGGCUGUGCCGAGCCCACCCUACGCUGAAGACCAUUGAGAUGUUCCACUUCCGGGGCCCCUCCCAGGUUGGGGACCGCCUGGUGCUCAAGGCCAUCGUCAACAACGCCUUCAAGCAUAGCAUGGAGGUGGGCGUGUGCGUAGAGGCUUACCGCCAGGGUGCUGAGACCCAACGGCGACACAUCAACAGCGCCUUCAUGACCUUCGUGGUCCUAGACGCGGACGACCAGCCUCGGACUCUGCCCUGGAUUCGGCCCCAGCCUGGGGAUGGCGAGCGGCGGUACCGAGAGGCUAGUGCCAGGAAGAAGAUCCGACUGGACAGGAAGUACAUUGUGUCCUGUAAACAGACAGAAAUGCCCAUCUCUGUCCCCUGGGACCCUAGCAACCAGGUGUACCUGAGCUACAACAAUGUCUCCUCCCUGAAGAUGCUUGUGACCAAGGACAACUGGGUGCUGUCCUCGGAGAUCAACCAGGUCCGCCUGUACACCUUGGAGGACGACAAGUUCCUCUCCUUCCACAUGGAGAUGCUGGUGCAGGUGGAAACAAUCCAGGCCUUCCUGCUGCUCUCAGACCUGCUUCGGAGGCCCGAGUGGGACAAGCACUACCGGAGCGUGGAGCUAGUGCAGCAGGUGGAUGAGGAUGAUGCCAUCUACCAUGUCAUCAGCCCUGCCCUUGGCGGUGACGCCAAGCCCCAGGACUUUGUGAUCCUGGCCUCUCGGCGGAAGCCGUGCGACAACGGGGACCCUUAUGUCAUCGCGCUGAGGUCCGUUACACUGCCCACGCACCCCGAGACACCAGCAUACAGGCGCGGGGAGACCCUCUGCUCAGGCUUCUGCUUCUGGCGAGAGGGGGACCAGCUGACCAAGGUGUCCUACUACAACCAGGCUACCCCGGGCUUUCUCAACUACGUGACCACCAACGUGGCUGGUCUCUCUUCUGAGUUCUAUACCACCGUCAAGGCUUGUGAGCAGUUCCUCUUGGACAACCGGAGCGAUCUGGCCCCCAGCCUCCAGACCCUCUAGGCAACCCUCAGUGGCCACCUCCUGCCCACGCCCACUCCAUCCGGUCCCCAGGGACGGGACACACGUGCAGUGCAUUGAGGAAGGCAGGGGCAUUUAUUCCUUCCCACCCCCUCCCCGCCCCAGGGGAAGCCUUCACCCAGGGGUCCACCUGCCCAGCACCACUGGGCGCUCAGUUCCUGCCAACGUCCGCCAGCAAGUCUUCACGGUAGCUCCGGGGCAGCCUGUAGUAGAUUCGGGUCUUGUCCAUAGCCCUGGCCGCCAGCAGCGUUGCCCGCACGGAUGCAUAGUUGCCCCCCAAAGGGCUGUCCUCCACCGUGACAGUGGCCCUGGGGGAGGCGGCCAGCAGCCUGGCCACGACUCCAGCCGUGUUCUGGCCCAGCAGUCCUGCGUGCAGCUGGAAGGACACAGGCUGCCAGAGAGCCCGGCACAGCUCCAGCAUAUCUUCAAGCAGCUGUUCCCUGUAGCCGCUGCCCAGCGCCUCCACAGGCCAACCCGGUGCCACUGUCACAUGGGGGAAGAUCUCAGCCACAGCCGUAAGCAACUCCUGGCCGGCCAGGUGGCCAGGGACUGCAAAACUGCCAUGGGAGACUGUGGCCCCGAUCCACACAGGCCGAGGCAGGUGGCCGAGUGUGGAGAGAUGGGCCAGCAUGGCCAGGGCUGGCCGGAGGGCUGAGGGCUCUGCUACGUGCAGAUGGACACCCCAGUGUCCAGGACGCCCAGCGAGCUGCAGCAGGCAGGACUCCAGUGUCAGGGCGGGGCCUCCCGGGGCGCGUACGAUGGGCACCGGCUCCUUGGCUGCAGGCUCCUGGAGGCUAACGUUCAGCAGGAUCAUGCCUUCUCUGUCUGGAAGAGGCAGGGCAGACAACGGUGUCAGGAGUUGGGGUUAUGGUGGGGUGUCAGAGGCCCUUGUGAAAGGGGUGGUAAAGGAGAAGCUGGUGCCCCAUCUGCUGAGAUCUGUUGAUUGGUCCAGGCUUCGGGUGGAAGGGUUGCUUUAUAAAUGUGCCUGGGGCUCAUAAGGAUGACGUGAUCAGCUGCUAGCUCAGCUCUUGGCCUUUGAGCCCUGGGGCCUGUGCCUGCCUCUCCUGCAGCAGAUAUAGGUCAGGGCUCAAGGGCACUGAAGGCUAGGAGUCCCGUGCUCUUGAUAGCCCUGUACUCCCCCACCGUGGCAUCCAGCCUGUUGCCACGGUAACAGAGACCCUAGGUUCCUACCCCAAGCAAAGGAACCCCCCACAGUUUAUCUAGGAGCACAAGGGCUAAAGGCAGACCUUACCUGGGAGGCUAACCAUUGCUGUUCUCCCGUUGCCCUGGAUGUCAGGAACCAGCCACUCCACGCUCAGACCGUCUCCCCCGGGGGGCUGGAGAAGAGGGAUCAGGCUGCCUCCCGUGUAGUAAAUUCGCUUCCGCGUGGCAUUCGCUGUGGGACCCCAAAUUGCCAAGGUGAAGCGGCCACCAUUCACGGAGUGCCUUCUGUGCACUGUGUCUACGUGCAUUCUAAGCCUCACAGCGACCCGCCAGGCUUGCUUGCUCCAGUGGAGUCCACUGGAGAUGAUAAGAGACUUACCCAAGGUCCCACAGCCAACGAGCAGAGUUGCUGGGGUGGGAACCUGAUGGAGCCCCAAGCUGGAAUUCCCCCUCCCUCCCCUAGAUGGCGCCUGUGCAGGAAUGUUGAGAACCCGAUGGGUUCCCUUUGGGAUGGCUUAACUGCAGGCUCUCCUAGGUUCAGGGUCAAGGGAAUGAGGGGUCUGGACAAGGGAACAGGUAGCAUCUGGGCCACUGAUUAGUGGGUACAGUGAGGGGGGGGCAGUCUCUGAGGAACUAUGCUGUAAGGGAAACGUACAUGGGGUUUGGAAUUUGCUGGGUUCCAAUCUAAGCUGUGCUAUGUACAAGCAAAUGACUGUGUAGAUUACUUAGCUGCUCUGAACCUCAGUUUCCCUAUCCGUAAAACAGAAUCACAGCUUCCUGGAUAUGAGGCUUGCCCAGCAUACCAUACCAAGGUCUGGCACACGAUAGGUGCUUGAAAGGAUUCCUUGACCCCGUUAGACCCAGAAUUUUCCUCUUCCGAUGCCUCGCCCUUCCAGCUCUGCUCCAGUGUCCACCAAAUGCUGCUCUGUGCAGAAUCCACGCCCCCCCCCCCCCGCCCCUUCCUGCCCACCCACACCCUUCCCUACCGGCCAGCUGCUUGAACUGCGACAGGACAGGCUCGAAGAGGUCAUAGUAGACUUGGUGAGAGGCACUGUUGUCUCGGACAUAGAGGAGAUCGUCCACUGACACGGGGUCCGAGGCGCCCUGCCACAGCGUCAGGCUGUACCUGGGGCCCAGAGAGCCAGCUCAGCACCUUCCUGGGCCCAGCAAGGUCCUCAACCCCACUCCUGUGCUCAGAACUGGACCCUAGCUAGGCAGGAAUAGAGCGUCUGGCCUCCAGCUUCCCACCAGCCCUUUCUCCCUGAGAACUACCUCCUCCUCAGGGGCAGAAGGAGCCACAGGGCUUCACGAAUGGAGAGCAAAAGCAGAGACUGAGAAGGACGGAGGGGAUGGUCUGCCCUGCCUCCUCACUGGGAAUGUGUAUCUCUGGUCCUGUCUUAGGGAAGGGACAAGGACAGAAAGGGGUGGAUACAGGGCCGUGGGGGAGAAGUUAGGUGUGGAGGGGGAAGGAGACAGCCUUGAGACUCCUGUGGGAAGUGGCUGAGGAAGGUGGGGCUGGGCAGCUAGGAGCAGACUGCAGGAGUGCAGAUGGGGGUCCCUCAAUUCCUGCAGGACCAUCCUGGGCAGAAGCUGCAGGUGCAGGCUGUGCAGGGCACAGCUGGCUCCCAUGGGCAGAAGACUUUUCAUUAGGUAGAUGUUAUCCACCAGUGGACUGGCUGCCUCAAAUGGUAGUGAGCAGCCUGUCACCAGAGGUAUACAAGCAAAACCAGGGCCGUAGUAGAAGAUGUGAGCACCAGCGGGUAUUAGACAAAUGUGUUUAAGUGUCUGGAGGCAUCAAUGCCUGGGCGUGGGUUUGGUGGGUCAGGGGCUAAGGCAGGGGCGUGGGAGUUUUCACCUCUGAGAUUGGCCCAGCAGCCAGCUGAAGUGGGGCCAGGCAGCCCGCACCAUGACAGCCCGCACGGGGAAGGUGACCUUCUGUGGCAGUGCUCCCACCAGUCCCUGCAUCUUUUCCACCAUGGCUCUGGUAUACGUUCUGUUCGGGAACAGGGGCACAUAGAGGGUGGUCCAACCUGGAGACAGGGUGGCCUCAGGAUAGUUCUCCUGGACCAAGGCCAGAAACCUGCAGAGAAAUCAGAGACACUGGUCUUUGAGAGCCUUGCUGUCCCCUUCCCCAUCUCCUGGGAUCCCGUCACCGUGCUAGGAAGCGACAAGGCCCGGUGAAUAUAGAAUAUAAGGACAGAAGCAGAGUCCUGAAGAACAUAAGUGACUUAUUUAGGUCCUAUAAAUAAGGCACGGACUUUGGAGUCAGGGGUUCUAGGUUCCAGGUUCAGGUCCUGACUCUGUAACCUUGGGCAGCUCACUCAACCUCUUUGAUUCUCAAAGAUGGCGUCCCUUUUGGGAGGGCAGGGCCUCUGAAGCGUCCCCAUCUGGACCGGGGAGACAAGCCAGGGCCCCCAGAUGUGGGAAUUUGGACUCUGCCAGCUGUAAGUCUCUGAAGCUUCAGAUUUUAUUUUUAAAAUUUCAUUUAAACUUUGCCCUGAUAGAACUUUUAAUAGAGAAAUAACAUGACCCUCUCCUCCCUAAACUAGUGAGUGAAAUCGACACUCCAAGAAGAUGAGCCAUAUUUAUCUUGGGGCCACUGACUGCAUUGUCCCAACUGCUGCUUUCCAAAUGCAUCUCAGUUUGAGAAUCACAAUAAACACUGGAUGGAUGGAUUGUUGGCUGGCUGGACAGAUGGACAGAUGGACGUUAGAAUCAGAAAGGCCUGGCUUUGAAUCUUUGCUUUGCAAUCAUUAGAGUUAGGCCAGUCGUGUAACUUCAACGAGAUUGUUCUUCUGUUAAUAAAAUGAAAAUAAUAGCACCUACCUCAUUCUCUUGAUAACUCAAGUGCCUUUUGAAACAGGGGCUGGGCACAUAAUAAACAUUCAACAAAUUGA